UGCGUGUACGUCCGCCGUUCGUGCCUGCCUUAUCGGAUCACCUAGACUUGCGCUAUUUUGACGAAGAAUUUACAAGGGCUGCUGCAGAAAACUCAGACUCUGAUUGCGAAGAAGAGGACAGAUAUUACGAUGAGAUGAUGAAGACAGUACUAGAGCUAGAGAGAUACACAAACAGAUACACGCUAAUAGAAGCAAUUUCGAAUUUGAAGUACGGAAACGGAAUGUCACUUAGUGUUUUUGAACAAAAGCAAAAACCGGUGGUAAAUGUUCGGGCUCAAGAUUUUUUUUGAAAUUACGCACUUGUGUCCUUCAUAUUGGUGAUACAGCAGCAACUAACGCUUUUUACGGGACAAUGCAGCGCAAUAGUCGUGGCAUGAACCGUGGUGGCGCAGCAAAUGCUGGUGGUGGUGGAGGCGGCAAUUACAAUAGUUAAGUGAGGAGAUGACUAGUUUUAGUAAAUUUAGUUCACCAGGAACAGCAUAGGAAGUCCUCGAAUGAACCUUCCUCCAAGACAAUGCUCCGCUGUCGCAGUUCUCUUCUUCUUGCUCAAAUAAGACAUGGAAAGAUGUAGGAACAUGAUAAAGACCAAAGGGCUCUUUCUUGAUGAACUUUGAUCUCUAGAAUCAUGUUCCUACAAGUACAAAACAGAGCAUGGGGCGUACAACAAUAUACUAGCUCUAAACCAGGACAAACAUGAAUCCGAUGCAGAGUGGAGGAAAUGCCACCGGCGUUUCGAAUCGGUCCGAAGGACGCACUGAGACUACACCGGAGUUAACACCCUAUACCUUCGAUGGGUUCGAGUUCGAGGCUGACUUGGUCGAUGCCAGAUGCUAGAAAAGCUUAGCAAGGAAGGAUUGGCUGAAUUGCAACAGAGCUGAUUAUUCUAGAGUGAGUCAGUGCCUCCACUUCUCCAACGGAUUGAUGUUUUCAGAAGAAGGGACGUAUGUCAAAUUUGGUGGUGAUGGUAGAUGCAUGCAGAAAAAUUAGACUCCCUGGCGUCCACGACCACAGCCACGCUACAGUAUGUCAGCAUACUUAUUCACACGACAACUUACAAGAACUUAUAGACGUCAUCCUAGGGAGGGAACUUCUGUAGGUGGAAGGAAAGCAAUUUAGAGAAGGAAAUCAAUUUAGAGCAGCUCAUCAUGCGUGAGCGUGACACAGAGUACUAUUAGUAUUAAGUAGUGAUUUAUAAGAACUAGUAGUACGUCGGGCAGAAGCACGAUCAUGAACUAUGCACUUAGUAAUAAAUUAAUUGUACUACAACCACACGCACGUCGCGUAACUCAUUAAAUGUGAAGGAGGCUUGAAAUACAAGAUGCAGCGCGAGCGUGAGCGUGUAUUUGAGCUUAAAGCUGAGAGAUUCUCUCGAAGAUAAAUUGGAUAAUGCGAAACCUUCUCAGUGGGGAUGACCAUUGUUCUUGUAGAAAGACGAAGAUUUAAGUUUUUUUUUCUCACAGUGCGUG